CUGUUACCGCCGCCGACGCCGUUAUCAGCGUCGUACCUCUCAAACGGUUUUUGACGUUUUCCGCUGAUAGUCGUCGCAGUGGCAUUCCGUAAACGCUUCGUGCCACAGAACGCAGCUUUCCGAAAUGUCGUAGGCGACAUUGUUGCACGUCCUGGUGUUGCAGUCGCAGUCGCAGUCGCAAUCAGUUCGCCGUCCACACGAUCUUAGCCCACAAUUCGUCUUGUGUCGCAGUUGUUUGCGGUGUUCGCGAACGUUCAUCUGGAGAAGAUUGUAUAGGUCUGCAAGAGCUCCGGUACUACGGAUUUUAACUAUGGAUAACACUUGUACGUAUUGUCAGGAUGUCAUAGACAGUUUAACCGUAGUAUGUUUGGAAUGUUCAUAUUUUCAAUUAUGUUUGGCCUGUUAUAGCCAUGGAGCAGAGAUUGGUGAUCAUAAAAAUAACCAUGGAUACAAGUUAAAAGGUCAAAAAUCUCCUGGACAGUAUUUAGUUACUAUAGAUGGAUGGACUGGUGAUGAACUCAUGCAUAUUUUAGACUUUGCUGAACAAUAUUCUUUUGGAUGCUGGGAUGAGUUACCCAAAAAUAUAAUAAAUCGAACUCAAUCAGAAAUCAAAUUACAAUUUGCUAAAUAUUUCUUGGAUGGUACAAUUGGAAGGCUGACAUGGGGUACAAUCAAGAAACCACAAUUAGAAGAUCGUACAGUCCAUUUUAAACUAAAUGAAAGUAUUACUCAUUUGUCUGGAUUAUCUAAAGCUCAGUAUGCUGAAAUUGGAUAUAAUCCUAUAAGAGAUGAAUUUGAGUUGGAAAAUGAUUUCGAUAAUAAUGCAGAGGCAGUGUUAAGUAUAACAUCAGAAUGGAAUGAUUUUGGAGAUGAUUAUAAUCUUGCAUGUAUCGAUAUGUAUUGUGGACGUUUACAUGAACGCGAGUACGCUAAAGAAGUUGUUCAUGAUUAUCAAUUGAUGGAUAAAUAUUUUUUCUCUAAAGAUAAACCCAAACGUAGAUUAACACCAGAAGAGCGAAGUAUAAUAAGCAUUGAAAAUCAAAUAAGAAAAUUUAGCCGAUAUUUAACUGAAGUUGAACUAUGGUCAUUAAAUAUACGGCUGCAACAAGAAUAUUUGUUAAAAAAACGGCGUGAAGAACUAAUAUAUUACAGAAAAAAUGGAAUUACAAAAUUAUACGACAUUGUAAAAUUUAAUCUUUUACAUUAUAGUAUGGUUGUAGAUGAACAAUCCGAACAAUCCUCUUCUGAUGUUUUAACACCAGCGCCUAUCAAACGUGGUGAAAAGAAAAGGAAAAAACGAAAACGCCCUAAAUUAUUCCAUAAGAAAAAUCAUGUUUAUCAUCGUACACCUCAAUAUAUUGCUGCUCUAAAUAGAGUAUUGACUCAAAAUAACGACACUGAAGAUAACUCUGAUUAAUAUUAAGGUUCUAAGUUACCUACUAGUAAUAAUAAUAGUAUGUGAGUAAAAAAUGAAACAAACAUGUCUUUAAAAUUGUGUUCAAUAAUUAUUAAUGUA